GCAAUGCAAAUCCUCCACGAUGGGCCACAGGAUGUACUGGGAGAAACUGGAAGGCCACAGGAGAAACGUUUGCUCAGGAAAACACAGGCAUUUCAUGUGCCUGGAGCACGGGAUGAAGAAUUCCUCAGACUUUGAGUGCCAAGCUAGUUGUUUGGACUUUCUUCUAAAGGCCAUGGGUGAGCCCUUGGGAAUGUGGAGACCACUACGGCCUGCAUGGUGGAUGGAGAAGGAAAUUGUGCCAGAAGCUGGGAAGUCAAAGUUAACCCUCCAGGCUAGAUCUAGGGAAAGACUUGUCAGCUGUUUCUUCACUUCCCUGACCUUGGAGAAUCCGCUGUCUCCACCAGACACUGAUCCUUGGCACAGCGAGUAUUUGAUACACUUAACUCUGCUCAGGAUUUUAGAUCUCAACCCAGGAAAUGAGCUACAGUCUCACCCCAGUGCUUGAAAAAGAUGUGCAAACAAUUCACAUAUUAUAAAUACGUUGACUUGGGCCGGGUGCUGUGGCUCACGCCUGUAAUCCUAGCACUUUGGGAGGCUGAGACAGAAGGAUUACUUGAGGUCAGGAGUUCCAGACAAGCCUGGCCAACAUGGCAAAACCCUCUCUCUACUAAACCACAAAAAUUAGCCGGGCAAGGUGGUGCGUGCCUGUAAUCUCAGCUACUCAGGAGGCUGAAGCAGGAGAAUCGCUUAAACCCAAAAGAUGGAAGUUGCAAUGAGGCGAGAUCACAACGCACUCCAGCCUGGGCGACAGAGCAAGACUCUGUCUCAAAUAAAUAAAUAAAACGAAAAUAAAUAAAUCGAUUUGUUUUCAUUCAUAUAUUUUGGGGAUACAAGGGACCUUAAAGUUGGAAAACCAAAACGGAGCUGGCCACCGAAGGUGUGGAUUUGGUCAACAGGGUGUGGACUCCAGCAGCCCAUGUCACUCUCAGACUCCAUGUCCCAAUUUGAAUGUUUCCAUGUCACUUAAAAAGUGGAAGAUUCAUAGUGAUGUUGAAGAUAUAAAAGAUAUACCAGGAUUAAUCUUCUAGUCAAUUUUAUGUCUCUGUGACGCAAGACAAUAAGUCAUUGUUAGUUCCUUAGUUGCUGGACACUUUAGCCCAAUAUACCACUUUCAAUUUUGAAUUAUUAUUUGGACUGUGUCCAUGAGAUUCUUGGAGUAUGUUAAAUCAGCACAUUUCUUUGUAAUUAUUGAGAACCUUUUGUUCCCUAUAAAAUCAAGUGUACAAUGAUGUAAACUAUAAAACGCAAAUUGUAGGGACAAUUGGUAAUCUGCAGUGAAAGUAAAUAAAGUCAAAAUAGCAAAGAGCAGAUUAUUCUCAAAUUUAUGCAACAGAGUUCUGACACGUGGAAGUGGAUACAAGUAUUAGUACUCAGUUGAUGUAUUGAAAAUAAAAUGAAACUAUUUUUCUACUUACCACUUGCUUGUGAAAUCCAAAGGGGUGAGUAAGAGCCAGGAUUCAUUGUCAUGAGUGUACGAGCGCCCUGGGAAGGGGGCCUCCACCCCACGUCAGUAGUGUCAUCAGAAAUUCCAUGAUCGUCGGCUUAUUCUUUGCACACGUGUCUACAGGGUCCCUCCGCACACCGACUUUGUGUCCUUUAGAACGCAGAAAACCCAAAUUAAACUAGUUUAAUGAAUAAGGAAACCCAGUGGCUCUUAGGACCAUAAGCCCUGUGGUGGGGCCUGCUUCAGGGCUAGAGGAGCUAAGUGUUCUCUGGUUCACCAAAGGCCCCAGUUCUAUCCGUCUGUCACCCAUAGCUUCGGCUUCGUCCCCGGCUCACUGCCAGUGGUAAUCAGGCUGCCCGAGAACUUCUGAAAUCCACCGCGAGGUGUUUCCAGACGACUUCUCAGUAGGGCUGGAAUCCCUUCUCCCCAGCCCCAGCAAGGCCCUCCAACGCCACUGCAGUCCCCUGGAUAGCAGGAAGAGGCCUGAGCCGGCUCUCUCCCGGGGCUCCAGGUGCAGUCUCCCCACAUGGGAGUCAGUGUUCUCAGAGCAGCGUUUGUUGAGCUGAGCUAACCAAGUUCUCUAACAGAGAGCCUGGCUGUGUAGAGCCACAAAUGUCUAUCAUUAGAAUAGCUCAAGGACAGAAAAAAAGACUGACAAUCAGUCCAGAAUGGCAUCCCAGGAUUUCUGCUCUGAGGAGAAAACACGACUAAACCCUAUCUGAGGUCUCUUCCAACUCCAAGAUUCUGCAGUGUUAUCUAUGUUUACAAAGAGAUAUCCCACUUUUUGAUGACAGUGUGUCUGGAAUUGGUGGGUUCUUGGUCUCACUGACUUCAAGAAUGAAGCCGCAAACCCUCGCGGUGAGUGUUACAGUUCUUAAAAGCGGCGUGUCCGGAGGUUGUUCCUUCUGGUGGGUUCCUGGUCUCUCUGGCUCAGGAGUGAAGCUGCAGACCUUAGCGGUGGGCGUUACAACUCUUAAGGCGGCGCGUCUGCAGUUCUUCACUCCUCCCGGUAAGCUUGUAGUCUCGCUGGCUUCAGGAGUGAAGCUGCAGGCCUUCGUGGUGACUGUUACAGCUCAUAAAGGCAGUGCGGACUCAAACAGUAAGCACUGGCAAGAUUGCAAAGAGCAAAAGAACAAAACCACCACACUACAGAAAACGACCCUAGCAGAUUGCCACCCCUGGCUGGGGGAGCCUGCUUUUCUUCCCUUAUCUGGACCCACCCACAUCCUGCUGAUUGGUCCACUUUACAGAGCGCUGAUUGGUCUGUUUUACAGAGAGCUGAUUGGUCCGUUUUGACAGGGUGCUGAUUGGUGCGUUUACAAUCCUGAGCUAGACACAAAAGUUCUCCAAGUCCCCACUAGAUUAGCUAGACACAGAGCACUGAUUGGUGCAUUUACAAACCUUGAGCUAGACACAGAGUGCUGAUUGGUGUAUUUACAAUCCCUUAGCUAGACAUAAAGGUUCUCCAAGUCCCCACCAGACUCAGGAACCCAGCUGGCUUCACCCAGUGGAUGCCCCCUGGGGCUGCAGGUGGAGCUACCUGGCAGUCCGGCGCCUUUCGCCAGCACUCCUCAGCCCUUGGGCGGUUGAUGGGACUGGGCGCUGUGGAGCACGGGG